UUUCUGCUAUCUGUAGCAUUGCUGUAUGUUCCACCUGUGGCUUUGAGCCACUUCCUCCUUUUUGAGAAUGCUUCACAACCUGAGCUCACUUCUGAAUAUAUUACUGAAAGUGUCCUGCCCACUUUCUCAGCGUAUUAUAAUAGCAGACUCCCCCCGUGCUUCUUCCAGAGACGACAGUCUACCGAGAGUCUACCGAGUCUACCGAGAGAGCAACAUGGAACAGGGCAAUCCUCUUUGUGGGGGAGUUUCCCUCUGUCAUACACUGGUUGAUGAGAAGCACUGUUAUGAAGUGGAGAACGCUUUGACACAUUCCUCCAGUACCUUCAAGAAGGGAGACAAAAUCUCCAAGAUAAAUAAUAAGAAAACUCAGGACAUGCCCCCAAAGGAGUUCAUCAGGAUGCUAAGUUCAGAAUCUCCUAUGUUGACUAUACAUCAAGCCAUUGCUGACAAUGAAGAAGAUCACUGUCUAGAAGCCGACUCCAUCCGUGCUAUUGGAGAAGAAAAGAUCACACUGAGCUUCCAGCUGGAGAUGGUUAGAGAAGAGUGUCUGGAGGCAGAAGAAGAAAACAAAACUGAGCGCAUUUGGGAGAGUGAUGAAAUGGAAGACAAGGAAGACUUGGUCCUGGUGUCCAUGACAAAGACUAAUGUGGCAGUUGUAUGUGGAAGAGGCUGUGACCCUGAAAAUCCCUGCAGCAACUGCAACAUUAAUAAGUGCAACACCAGUGAGGUAGUCGUGACAGCAACGAAGAGUGAGGUUACAUCAGUUUCCAGCCAAUCCCUCAUGAUGAAAACCAAACUAGAUGUUGUGAUGUGCAGUUUGGUUAAAAUAUGGUCUUGCAAGAAUGUGCCUUUCUCAGAGGACAUCACUAUCUUCUACUACUGUUCUAAUAUCUUUGAAGAUCUGAGCAGAGGAUCUCCUGUUGUGCUGAACUUCACUGGCAGCACAAACUUCCUAAAAUGCACCUGCAAAGAUCAGAAAAUUGGCCUGACUAUCGAGUCCUUUGAUAAGGAAAAGCUGAGCAAUAUCUGUAAGGAUGACCCGGACGCGUGGCCUUUCGUCUUCUACAUGAAGACCGAGAGAAGCGAUUAUCGUGUCUUCGAGUCAGCCGCAUACCGUGGUUGGUUCAUCCGGACUGCAAAAUCCAUGACCGUGGGAAAUCGAACAUCGGAAACCCAGGAAAACUUCUGCUUCCUAGUCUAUUCCAAAAAUAAGUGAGGGCGUUUCUUUUGCAGUUUGGUCUGUUCAAGAGUGAGUGUAUUAUUUCACCAAUCCGAUAAAUCUGAGGCUCAUAGUCGAGUUGAAUAAUUUUGUAGAUGUGUUUUAAUGGAACUGGAUUUAGUCAUUUUGAGCUAGAAAAAUUAGUAGUUUAAAUCAUCAGCAGUAAUAAAUACUAUGGUCGUUGAAAUUAAACUUUGAUACUGAUCUGUCCAAGAAUACUUGUGAAUUUGAAUUAGCAUUUAGUAUAUUUAAAUCCGUGUUCAUUUCAUUAAUGAAAACUGUGACUAAAUAUUUGUUGACGACUAAUUUUCAUGCUAAAAAAAAAUAAUACUUGAAAACAAAAACUAUGAAAAAAUUAAUUAUAUUUUUCAUCAAUUAAGUAAAUGUCAAAGUCUGAGGGAAGAAAUUAAUUGUAAUAAAUUAUAUUUCUGUCCAGUGAUAAGGAAAUUUGGCCCCAGCGUUUACAAUUUGUGAGGUGGUGUGAUUUGCUGUUGAAGAUAUAAAAAAAAAAAAUUGUCAGAUUUAUAAAUUUAAAUUAAUUAGACUGAAAUAUUAAACAACUGAUAAAUAUAUUCAUAUUGAUCAAUCUGAAAUUUUAAAUCUGAAAAUCUUAAGUUGUUAUUUUGAAAUGUAUUUAAACAUAACAUUUCAUCACUGUACAAGUUCAAAACAAAAAAAAGCAUUGUUCAUUUUUUUAAAAGUUGAAUUUCAUAAAAGUAAUGUAUUAUUAUUAUUAUGCAUAAAGUAUUUAUGUCUGCUUUCUUUUAUUAAUAUACUAGACCUGUAGACAGCAGUGCCAGCUGAACGUUAGUCUGAAUGUUGCCUAGAUUAAACAUAAAUUGGCUUUAUUUUUAUUUUUUUUAGCUCCUAACUUUAACUUUAAUCUAAACAAGUUUUGUCAUUUUAAGAGAAAACCUGCAGGAAAACAAAAAAUCAGCAGUUUAUUAUAGUAUUGAGUUUACUGCAACAUGCUACAUCUUUUUGAUGAAAUUGACAACUCAAAGAAUGAGCAGUUUUUGGAUCAGAGGAAAAUAGCACGUUUUUCAGAGAUAGUUCAGAGUCGAUGUUCAUAUUGUAACUGCUAUUGCAGUAACUAGUAAGUUAUGUUAUGUAUCAUAGCAAUGUUUUUUUCAUUUUCCUUUCAAACAGUAUUAGUUAUUAUUUCAUUUCAGUGACCCUUUGUGUGUGUUCUUCUUUGCUGUUAAUUGUUAUGUUUUACAGUAAAAGACAACCUUGUACUUAAUGUUUGAUGUUUUGAUAUGCUGUUUUGAUACUACUGUAAUAAUAAUAUGAAUGUAUUGUUUAUUUUAAUUUAUCUAUAAUGCUGAGAAAUAUUACAUGUGCAUCUUUCUAUGCAAUCUAUCGACUAGUUUUUCUGUUUUUUUAUAAUACAUAAUAUAUGCAAUUC